UCUCAUCCACCAUGAACACCAAGGUCCUUAUCUUGCUGGGUCUGCUCGCGGUGGUCGCCGCCGACAAGCUGCCAACCUACUUCUACGGCGAACCACAGGAGUCCGAGGAGGUGUCCGACGAGGCCGAGCCCCCCAAGUACGACUUCGCGUUCGGCGUGAAGGACGGCUACUCAGGCGCCGACUUCGCCCACCAGGAGGCCCGCGACGAGGACGAGACUCGAGGCUCCUACAGCGUGCAGCUCCCCGACGGCCGCCUGCAGAAGGUCACCUACUAUGUGGACGGCGACAACGGCUACGUGGCUGAGGUCACCUACGAGGGCGAGGCUCAGUACCCCGAGUCCCAGGAGUCUGAUGAGGCGCCCGUGUACGCCCCUCCCAGGCCCUCCUACGGGUACCCUCAAUAAACGGGCGUCCUCUCUGAACCCGAACAUCAUACACGUAGCGUACGAUACAUUUAAUUCACAGAAACUUCCGAUGCCAGUAUUUUCAACUUUCUUUCGAUGCCAAAGUUUUGCUGCGUCCCGUACGCCAGCAUGCUGUGUAUAAAUUGCAUAUUUCACAUCUUAAUUUAUUUGCAUCAAAUCAUCUCCUUUGUGAUAUAGUAGAUGCAUAAGGCUUGAGGUUGCCAAUCAAGUACGGCAGCAAACCAUGUAUUUAUAUUCAAUAAAAUAUCUGCACGA